AUGGCUAGCCUAAAGCCAGAGAUAGCCGCGGCGGUUAAGGUUUUCGAACCAAACUCGUUGCGGCCUGCUUUUCUUCCUGCACGUUAUAAAGAAGAGGAGCUGGCCAGCUGGAGGAGUACAAUUGGGCGAUUCCCGAGAGCAGGCGGAAUUGGAGGAGGUGGCAUCAGGUCGGGCGGCAGAGGGGCGAAUGCGCCCAUCGGCACAGGGCCGUCGACAGGUGGUGCCGUCACCUCAACUCGGCAAGCUCCUAGGCCGCUACCGAAGGGAUUCGUGAGACUAUCACCACAGGAGAUUGAGCAGAAGAGGAGAGAGGGAAAGUGUUUUAACUAUGACAAGAGGUUCACCGUGGGGCACAAGUGCGCCAAACCCGAUUUGAUGAUGCUGGUGGGUCGCUGGGAAGAUGAGGCAGAGGAGGAAGCAGCUGAAGAAGGACCGCCGAAAUUGGAGUAG